AUGGAAGGUGGGGCCACUAGACCGAAACAACGUUUGGCUGGGAAUGGUACAAAUGUGACCACAUGCCCUAUGGUUACUGUGGAGAUUUGUAGGGCCAUAGCUAAAGCCAUGAGCGGACAGCAGCAGAGGAGGGCAGAAAAGGAGAAGGGGUGGAUAGAGGCAGAGGCUAGAGAUUUUUGGCGGGCACAAACGAGGAGCAAAGCCACUUUUCAUGAGGAGCAGGAUAGACACAGAGGUCUAGGGGGAAGAGCUGAAACAGGAGCUAUAGAUGGCCUGAAGGGGAUGUGGGAGAACUACGGCAUGAGGAUCAUGUACGAUGGUUGGACUAGUCCCACGAGAAAGUCCAUCAUCAACUCCAUGGUUUACUAUGACAGUAGGGCAGUAUUCCUCAAAUCUGUGGAUGCAUUCAAGGAGAAAAAUGAUGCAAAAUACAUUUAUAGGUUACUAGAGGAUGUGGUCCUGGAGGUGAGUGGAGAACGUCGUCCAGCCCAUUGCAUUGACAUCAUGUUGAAGGACAUGGAGAAGUUAAAAUUGGUGCAGAGUGUGGUUGAGAGAGAGACAGAUGAGCACCUUGUCUACAGCCAUGGGUUUGCACUGCAACUUCUAAGGAGCAAGUAUGGUGGGGAAUUGGUCAAGCCCGGUGUCACUAGAUUCGCCACAAACUACAUUGCACUGAAGAGCUUUGAGGCGAAGAAGGUCAACCUCAGAUCUAUGUUUGCAUCUUAA